AUCAAGGGCAAUGGAAAUCAUUAUGCAGUGCACAGUGCUUUCAGUUGAGCCUCCUAACGGGUCUAGGUAGCUUAGCUUAGCUGAACUUCAUCCCUGCCAUGGAUGUUCUCACCCGUGAAAACUCCAUGAUGUGAUCUUGCAACCAAACGCACACCACGCACACCCACACCCACAAACAGGGAUGUUCUUAUUCGUGAAAACUCCAUGAUGUGAUCUUGCAACCAUACGCACACCACUCACACCCACACCCAAACCCACAAACAGGGAUGUUCUCAUUCGUGAAAACUCCAUGAUGUGAUCUUGCAACCAUACGCACACCCACACCCACACACCCACAAAGUGAGAGAGAAAAAGAGCGAUGGAGGUUGUGGCGACGGUCGCGGCCACCUCAUUCGUGGAGUGGCUGGUGCCGAAGCUCUUUGAUACCUUGGUGGAAAAGCACAAGCUCAGGAAUGAUCUCAAGAUGGACAUCAACUACAUCAAGAACGAGUUUGCUAUGAUUUCGUCCGUCAUCCAGGAUGAUGAUCGCAGCAGCGGCUGCCGUGGCCGCCGUGAAGAUGUGAAUAUGGUGUGGAUCAACAUGGUGCGUGAAUUGGCGCACGCCAUAGAGGACUGCAUCGACCGCUUCAUGCACCGUGUGACGGCCGACCCAGACACUGGGAGACUGUGUCAGGCUGUCCACCGGGCGAAGACGGUAAGGGCCCGAAGCAAGUUUGCUGAGGAGAUCCGGCAGCUCAGGAAGACAUCGGAGGAUAUAUUCAAGCUGAGAGUCACAUACAGCAACACUAGCAGCAGUAGCACCUCCUCACCAAGGCGUUCCUUGUCGUCUGAGCAGACAGACAUGCCGAUGCCGCCGACUGCAAUUGAGGACGACGACGAUGGCAGCCAUUCAGCAGCAUCCACGGCCGUGCCCGUGGGUAUGGAUGGUCCCCGCAACGAGAUUCUGGAUCUUAUCCAGCAGGAGCAGCAGCUGAAAGUGAUUACCAUUGUGGGGUUCCAUGGUAUGGGGAAGACUCUUCUUGCAAAUCAUGUGUACAAGGCAAUCGAGAGCCAACACGAAUACGAAGCAAGGGCUUGGGUCCCUCCAAGGAAACUAGGGGAGAGCUGGGCACCCGCCCAAGUUCUCAAGGACAUACUCUCGCAGCUUGGCCACCUUCCCCUGCCCACCAGUGGUGGUCUCGCCCAGCUUAAGGCAAGCAUCAAACAAUGCAUUGGCACCAAGAGGUUUUUCAUUGUAAUUGAUGACUUGCGGAAACCAGCAUAUUGGCGCGAUAUGAAAGUGGCCUUUGCCGGGUUAAGCGGCAGAUUUCUGGUGACAACGACCAUUCAGCGCGUGGCAAAUAUCUGCAGCAGCUCAGUUGUUCAUGAUCAUGUGUACACAAUGGCAACUCUUGCCGACCAACACUCAAGACUAUUGUUCUUCAAGGAAGCUUUCCAAGACGACGAUCCACCACCCGAUGCCAAGGAGCUCGGCUCUGCAGUGCUCAAGAAAUGUGAUGGUCUUCCCCUUGCACUUGUCACCACCGCUAGGUUCUUGCAAAGCAUGGGCAGUCCAACACCCAUGAAAUGGGCAAAGUUAUGCGCUGACCUGGGUACACAUCUGGAGAGAGAUGAGCUAUUUGCAAGAAUGAGGCGUGUGCUUGUGCAGAGCUACAUCAGCCUUGAUAGCGAGGUUGACAGGAUAUUCUUGUUAUAUUUGAGUACCUACCCAAGUGGCCGUCCUAUCAGGAGAUCAACCCUCAUAUGGAAGUGGUUAGCCGAGGGGUUUUCACCAGGAAACAUUACAGGCAGCAGUGCCCUCGACGCCGCUGCCAGCUGUUUUGAGAAGCUAGUUGACCGGAGUAUCAUCCAACCUAUUAUUGAUGCCGGUGGUAACAGCACAGAGGUGAAGACAUGCCAUACGCAUGGCAUGAUGCUGGAGUUUGUCAUCCGCAAGUCCAUGUCUGACAACUUUCUUACCUUGUUGUGUGAUCAACCGUCUGCUCCACCCCUACCCAGUAAAAUCCGUCGGCUGUCUCUUCAUCAUGCGAGGCCCAGAGAAGUGAAUGAUUUGUCUCUUGUCCGGUCAUUGACUGUCUCCGGCGAGACGCACCCAUCAAUCCUAGACUUUUCCAAGUAUGAACUCAUGCGGGUUUUGGAUCUGGGAGAGUAUGACCAUCAGUUGGGGGAUACCGAUCUCAAGUUGGUAUGCAGUAGCCUGUUGCUGCUGAGGUACCUAAGCCUCGGAGCCGCUGUCACGGCGCUUCCAAAAAAUAUCAAGAAGCUUAAGUUCUUGGAGACGCUCGAUGUAACAAGGACAAAGAUAGAGAUUCUGCCAACACAAGUCAUGGAGCUGCCACGUUUACUUCGUCUGUUUGGGAAGUUCAAGCUCAAACAAGAUGUAGGAGCCCGCAGAAUGAGUAAGCUACAGGCUUGGUUGUCAGCCAACAGCAAAUUGGAAACAGUAGCAGGAUUUGUCGUGGACAGCAACAAGAGCCAAGGAUUUGCACAGCUCAUGGAUCAUAUGAAGCAUUUGACAAAGGUGAAAAUAUGGUAUGAGUCUCACGCCGAUGCCAGCAGCACAAGUACUCUUUCGAAGGCCAUCAAAGGGUUCAUCGAGGAAGGCACCAAUUUCACAACUUCACAUGCACUCUCACUCAUUCUCAGUGGUGAAGGGUCUCAAGACUUGCUGAAUUUCACCCUGGAAAAUGACAAGUCCUACUAUCUUAGCUCACUCAAGCUACAAGGGGACAGCAUAUUCAGCCUCCCUCCCUUUGUUACCAUGUUGGCUGGUCUCAAUAAACUGUGCCUUUCAUUCCCUCAUCAACUGAGCAGUGACAUUAUUGCUGUCCUGAGCAGAAUGUGCGGCCUGAAGCAGCUGAAGCUGACUGCAACUCAACUGGACAAGCACAUCAUCGGACAAGAUGCAUUCAAAAUCCUGCAACACCUAUGCAUCACGGUGGAAGUGAUGACUGAGCUGGAAAUCCAAGAUGGAGCUCUGCCAUGCCUCAAGUCGCUCCGGCUGCUAUGUAAAGAUCUAGAUGGCUUUUCCGGCACAUCGGCGAUCAAGUACUUCAAACAUCUCCAGGAGAUUGCUCUUCAUCGUGAAGUGGGUGGUGACACAAAACAGAAGUGGAAAGAAGCAGCAAGGGAACACCCAAGACGUCCCAAGCUCUUGUUUGUCUAGACGGCACAUCCACAUCCAGGCAGUACAGGCUGCAACUUGCUAAUGGCACAGUUCACACUCUGGUAUGCCGCUUAUUGGUUGAUGGCCAUUCAUCAACAUGAUCAAGUGCGUCGAAUAAUUUAGUCCUCUUUGCGCUCGUGUCGAUUAAAUGCGUUCCCCGCCGUUCGUACUUUUAUGUUGUGUCACCACUAGGACUUAUUUAUUUUUAAAGAAUCAAAGUUAAUGACCUGUUAAGCGGAGCAAACCAUUUUCUUUUCAAGAACUAUGGUGACUUCCUGCUGUAAUAAAUAAGUUUACUCUGUUUGUUGUUGGACAUGUAUUUGGCUAUUUCGGUUCUAGUCAACUUAAUUGGCUUCUACGGAGUAUUAUCUCUUA